AUAUAAUCAAGUAUGGCUGUUGAUUGAAAGAAGAAUUCGUCCACUUAUUUUAUAAAAAUACUCAGUAGUUUUAGUUUGGAUUAAGUUUGAAUAUACAUCAGUCUGUGUAUGAGUAUAUAAGGAACACUUAGGAACAAUGGGGAUAUUGAAAAUCUUAGUUUUAUUCAACUUACUGGCCUGUUUAGUUGGCCUUAUUUUUGCUCAAUCUGUUGAAAACACUGAAACGGUCCAGGAUGAUACAAGUACAACUCAAGUUAGACCGGUGGAUCAGGGAAUGCAAGUUAUAUACCUAAUGCAGAACUUUUUCUUGGGGAUUGUACAGCCAAAGACAUUGGAUGACAUUACAACACUUAUAGAUUUAAAUUCCAUACUUAAGAGAAAUUCAACAUUUGGCACAGCAAAUAUACAACCGGUUGUACUACACUAUAUAGGCUAUACAAUAUGUGCAGCAGUAGGGGUGCUAUUCAUUAUCGUGAUGCCGCUGGUUGGGAUGAUCAUGUGUUGUUGUCGCUGCUGCUGCAGGCGAUGUGGUGGCGACCCCAACCCCAUGGAGUCCAAGCAGGCCAUGUGUACCCGCGUUGUAUGUGGGGUCCUUCUGUUUAUAUUCAACACCUUGCUGCUGGCCGGCAUGGUAUGUUGUUUUAUGACAAAUGAGUUAAUUUACGAACAGUUAGGAAAAUCUACUUCAUCAGGAUAUCUCAGCGAUGUGGAUAGUUCACUUGGCUCUGUAAAAAGCUAUAUGACAGCAUACGUAGAUGAAUUAGACUCAACUAUACUGGGAGGGUACGACACUACUAGGAAUACAAUCUUUGCAAGACUUGACAGACUCCCAGCAGAGGCUAAGGAUGACCUAGGAGGGAUUACAAAUGCUACAGAAUUACUACAAUCUGCGACUGCCCUCUCUGAGAGAACAUCACUUAUCAUAGAAGACCUUGACACCGUAAAUACUACAACAAAGGCCUUAGUAACCACAACAAACCGGUUGUCCAGUGAGUUGACAUCAGUGAAGACAGAUACGACAAGUAGUAUUAGUGGAUGUAGCACACAAUCCUGUAAUGAUAUAAGAACCAAACUGAGCAAUCUUGAUGUUCAAGUUGACUACUCUACAGUUGACAGUGUGGAGUCUGUUAUUGGAGCUAUUAGGGGUGUUCUUCAACAAAACUUCACAUCAUUGAUCAAACAGGGACAAGACAGCUUUGAUUCAAUUGUAGCAGAAGUAGAGACAAAGGCAAAUACAGCCAUAAAUGAAAGUAAAGUGCAGGCAAAUGAUAUAAGAGUUGAGGUUGUAAAUGCGUUAGACACCGUGCGAUCUUUUAUUACACCAGCUGAUGGGCAGCCUGCCUUGAUAGAUAUCGAUGCUUAUAGAGCAAAUAUCAGCGCUAUAAAUGCAGAUGUUACCCAAUAUGGUCAAUACAGGUGGUACGCGGGGUUAGGACUCGGGGCUAUUGUAGCUCUCAUCAUCCUAUUUUACUAUCUCGGCCUUGCAGUUGGAUUUUGUGGGGACGCUAAGUACCAGGACUCCAAAACCUGCGAUCGUAAUAUUGGUGGUAAUUUGAUGAUUGCGGGAGUUGCCUUUACAUUCCUAUUCAGUUGGCUUCUCAUGCUUGUCACAAUGCUUCUCUUCCUACCAGGCGGCAUUCUGAAAACAGAAGUAUGUAGAAACAUCUACCCCAUCGAGAAUGAAGCAGGAAUGAAGCUGCUUACAGAUAUUAUCAAAACCCAAGUGAAUACAACCGUGAACAUAUCUGGAAUCAUAUCUAAUUGUAAGGAUAAUAUGGCCAUAUAUAAAGCUGCAGAUUUGGAGAGUCAGGUUGACAUUGCGCCAUAUCUUGAUAUAAAUUCGCAAAUCUACCAAGAUAUGCUUAGCCAGAUAGAUAAGAUCCAUGAUGUAUCCAUCGACCUAUCUAACGUUAAUAUCAUCAGCAAUGAUGCAAGAACUGAACUCCAGAAUCUAGGAAAUUCCGGUGUUGGCAAUAUUGAUUUUGAUGACUUUAGAGCGGAGUUGAAUAAGUCAUUCACAAGUGUUGACCUUGGAGUUCUUAUAAAUGACCUUGAAAGCCUCGCUACAGCUAUAGAGGGGAGUGAUCCAGCUACAGCAAGUGCAUUGAGAACACAGGCUGGUAGACUGCGAGACAUCAAUGCAACCACUGUGGCAGAAAUGAACACAUUAACGGUUGAUUUACAAAAAGCGAUUGAUGAUUUGGAGAAAGAUGUUGACCUCCAGUCUAGAGUGAAUAACCUGUUGAGCCAUCUAGACACCGCGCAGAACAAGAUUACAACAACUGGCAGCACUACCAUCGUGAAUAAAUUGACUGAAACUUCUAACUUUGUGAAACAAGAGAUCACUGAUUAUGUAACUAGUUUGAGUCCUAAGCUCCAGAAUGAGUUGGGAAAGUGCUACACAUUAUACAGUAAUCUCAACUCUGUAGCAGAGGGAGCUUGUGAGAAUGUCUUAAACCCAUUUAAUGGCUUCUGGUUUGCUCUUGGUUGGUGCCUUUUCUUCAUGCUGCCUUGCCUCAUCAUAGCAUUAGUUCUUGUAACAGAAUACAGAAGAACAGAACAAUUUGACAAAUACAAGUCAUUUGAAGAUCCAAAUUAUGAUGCUUAUAAUUCUGGACCCGCAAAUGGGCAAAUGGGCGAUAAUAUACCCUUGACUGAUAUGGAGGGAAGUAAGAACUAUCGGGAUGGUCGUGGCUUACAUAAUAGUGCUUAUCAGACUGACGAUUCCCCACCACGCAGGAAGUCAAAGAAUCGUUCUGGCCAAAGGGCUUCUAAUACACCUGCAGCAGAGUACCCGGGGCCUGAGACUCGGGGUGGGUAUGGGAGACCGUCCCGUGAUAAUCGAGACAUGGUAGACUACAACUCACCCGCUACUGCGAAUGGCUAUGGUGGUUACCAUGACAAUGGUUAUGUUCAACCACAGCAACGAACUAGCCAGGCUGUUAUGAAUAAGUGUCAUCUACAAUGGACGUAAGGUGAAUCAGCCAUACUUCAUGUGACAAGAUUCGGAUGAUGACAGCUGGGAGGAAAAAGAUCACAAAAAUAAACUCAAAAUCUCAACUUAAAACUCAGUAUUGCACCCACCAAUGGAACAGGGGUGUCUGGAUUAUUGCAUCACAAGCAUUGAAGGAAUGCUUGAAAUUAAAAUCGCACCUUAAGAAUUUGGGAGUGAUUGACUUAAUAUUGUUACACUUAUAAGAGGGGUGCUUAAAUUAUAUCACAUCCCUAUACAUUGGA